AUGAGCAGUUGCAGGAUUGCCGGAGUCAAAUACGAGUGUUUGCUUUUCGACAUGGAUGACACUCUCUAUCCAUUGAGCUUAGGGAUCAAUUUGGCGUGUCGCAAGAAUAUUAUAGAUUAUAUGUUAGAACACUUACAUAUUGAAGAAAGUAAAGUAUCAAAGAUGUGUCUCGAUUUGUAUCUCGAACAUGGAACAACUAUGGCAGGAAUGAAGGCCCUCGGCUACGAGUUUGACAAUGAUGAGUUUCAUGCUUAUGUGCACGGAAGAUUACCAUACGAGAAACUAAAGCAAGAUUUAGUGUUAAGGAACCUUCUUCUUUCCAUGCCUCAGCGUAAAAUAAUAUUCACCAACGCAGAUCACGCGCAUGCGAUUGAAGUUCUCAGCAGGCUCGGCUUGGAAGACUGCUUUGAGGGCAUCAUAUGCUUUGAAACGCUUAAUCCUCUCAGCUCUUGCCGACAAAUCCUCUGCAAACCUUCUGUUGAAGCCUUUGAGGCUGCUAUUAGAAUCGCGAAAGUGGACCCAAAGAAAACGAUUUUCUUUGAUGACAGUGUUAGAAAUGUUGCAAGUGGAAAAGUAGCUGGAUUUCACACUGUGAUUGUCGGUCGUUCAGAUUUAGUGCCUGGUGCAGACCAUGCUCUCAACAGCAUUCAUAAUAUCAGAGAAGCGUUACCUGAAAUAUGGGAAGUUGAAGAAGACAACCAACAAAAAAUAAUCAAAUCACUUGCAGUCGAAGCUACGGUCCAUGCAUAG